UUCUAUUUCUUUUUCAUUUUCUUAGCCGGUGAAUGCUUCACUAUAUCAACCUGCCGCUCCAGCCUUCACCCUACCCUUAAUAAACCAAUCCUGUCACCUGGGUACCACCGCUACCCUCUCAUGCCAGGUGUGUGGUCGACCACGCCCUAUGAUCACCUGGAGGGACCCACAGGGGGACAUCAUUGCCCCCUCUACCAGGACCAACGUCUGGGAGAGGGAUGAUGGUAUGGUGUUCUUAGAGAUCAGGGCUAGCUGUAAGCUGGAUAAUGGUGUCUAUACAUGUACAGCUAGUAAUGAUGCAGGAUCCACUGAAUGCAAAGCUCUGCUCAGGAUUAUAUAUCGGCCAGGCCCUCCCAGUAUACCCAUACUGUGUGAGAGAAGACCACACUCGGUGACGUUACAAUGGGAACCCUCUCACAACACAGGCAAUGCGGAGAGUGUCACAUACAAUGUAGAAUAUGCUCAGAUCACUCACAAUACCCUUCACUGGCAGACCUCCUGUGCUAACAUAGCCCACACCACUCACAAGGUGGACGCCCUGUCUGCUGGGGCAUCUUAUAAGUUUAGAAUCACGGCUCAGAACGAUGUUGGGUGCAGUGAUAGGGGCGAGACCACACCCGCAGUCACUCUUCCCGAUGAUACAGCUCUUGCAAGGAGGGAAAGCAACCUGUAUUGGCAGCACACAUGGAGUACAGACUUCAACAUCACAAGAGAGAUUGGAAGGGGAAGGUUUUCAUCCACUCAUGCCUGCACCCGGUCCCAACAACAGAGGACACUAGCAGCUAAGUUUAUCAGUAAGCGUUUGAUGGAUCUAGAGCAGGUUCAGCAUGAAGCGUCGAUGAUGCAGCCUCUUCAGCACCCAUUGAUCUGUUCUUUACAUGCUACAUACGAGACUCAUGGACAGUAUAUCUUAGUCUUAGACCUAAUUCCUGAUGGAAGAAUUCUAGAGUACCUGGUGAGCCUGUCUCAGGUGACUGAGAGGCAGGUCAUUGGCUUCAUCAGACAACUGGUACAAGCAGUUAACUAUCUACAUUCAAAUGGAAUCAUCCAUCUAGACAUCAAGCCUGAGAAUGUAAUGAUGGAAAAAGCUUUGGGUCGAGCACAGAUCAAGCUGAUUGACUUCGGUGAUGCAAUGGAUCUCUGGUCUUCACCUCCACCCUUCUACCAUGAACUCAAUGCUAACCCUGAAUUCUGUUCUCCGGAGCUCCUCGGUGGAAAUGAGAUUGAUUAUGGCACAGACGUAUGGAGUAUUGGAGCUCUUUCAUAUGUCAUGCUGAGUGGCAUCUCACCAUUUCUUGAUGAAAGCCUUGAGGAGACCAAUAUGAACAUCAUCCGUGUUGACUACAGCUUUCCUGAGGAGUACUUCAAGAACGUCAGUCAGAAUGCCAAACACUUCAUCACAGGACUGCUUCACGCAGAUUCAAGUGAAAGAAAGACCACCUCCGAGUGUUUGAUGAAUCACUGGUUUGCUCAGACCUACUCCGCUCAAGAUGACCCCGCCCUCAUGCACAGAGCCAGGCUAGAGGACUUCAUACACAGGAGGAAAACGCAGCACAACUUUGUAUCAGUGAAAAUAAAUAGGAGGUAACACAGACAUCCAUCUCUAGAAUGAGAUGUCACAAAAGAACAUUCUCUUACCGAGCUGCGCCAUCUAUCCAACUGUAUAUAAUACUACAUUUCCAUGACGAUGUGAAAAAUGGAGCUAGUAGUGAUGUGCCCAAGUUCUCUCCGAUGUUUGCUGUAUGGUGGAUACUUUCAGGUGGAGCGCUAAGCUUUGAUUACCACCAAGCCGUGAAAUACGUGAUUUGAUUUGUUUCCAGCGUUUUUGAUGUGGGACUACAUCUUGUUACAUUGAUUGUCGUACACCAUCAGUAUGCUGAUACACUAAGUCAUACCAUUCAUGCUUUUACACAACAAAGUAAAAGUUAUCGGCAAUCAAUUUGAUUUAUUAUGCGUUCGUUCAUGGAAAUGUAUUUUUUUAGUCUGUGCUAUGCUGCAAUAUUGUUGUUGGAUGGAUAAUGUUUUUUAGCAAGAUUGGUGUGGGAUUUUCUCUAUCCUGUUUUAGUUUUUAAAAUCUUGCAUGAUAUCUUCUUUUUUUAAUACACAAAAGUCUCAUUAUUUAUGUUGGUUACAGUUGCUGCAUAUGAGAAUUGUAAUCAUAAGCCAUACAAAGUGACAUGUAUCUAUGCAAAACGAGAUAUGAAAUUCGAAUUUAUUUGAUAAACAUGGAUGCUUUAGACUAUGCAUGCUGAUUUGCUAAUGUUUUGAAGUAAUCUUUUUGUUAUUAUUACUACUACGGUAACCAUAUUCAUCACAAUUACCAAAGAAGUUUUAUUUAUAUGUUAGGACUCCUAUACACAAACAAAUGUAUUGAUUAUGUGUAAUGUAGUAAAUUACGAUUGUUUAGCACAUCUUAGGGUGCCCAUUGAGAAGAAGGUGUGCAUGAUUGUGAAACAAAAGUAAGAAGUCUGUUGAGAGUCAGAAAGGCAUUAGCUGCUAAACUUUUAUUCAGAUUUAAUGCCCUUCUAGCUCUCCAUAAAUAAUAAAUCAAAUCAAAUCAAAUCAGAUUAUAGACAAUAUCAGCACAAAUAUUUAAUAUUUAGAAGCUCCAUAUUCUUAAAUGUAAACUGGUCAUGAAUAUGGUAGCACUCAUAAUUACAAACAUUAUUUGAAUGAUUAGAACAACUUUUCUGCAUGAACAAUGAAAUUUCUAUAUCGAUCUUCACUAGCUACAAUAUAGUUUUUGGGUGGUCUUUUGUGAAUCCAAACCAUUAACGGACAGUAAUAGUGAUAAAUCAUUAUCGCAUACAUGUAUGUAUAUAUGAUUGACAACCCCAAUGCAGACAUGUACCGGUAUGUGUUUUUAUUUCUUGUUCAUGGAAACACAUCUGAUGCAUAUUACUUACAGCUUAUAUCUUUUGUCUUAGUUUUUGCAUUUUAAUGAAUAAGCAUGUACCAUCACAUCUGUAAAAAAAACUCUACAUAUCCUCAGGAUUUCUAUUCGUUUCUCUUAUAUACUUACAUGUUGAUAAAGGAUGUAUGUGCCAUGUACAUGAUAGCCAUAGUUGUUUUGUAUGUUAGUGAAUUUGUACAUGCUGAACCUAACAGUAUGCUAAACAGGGCCUCUGAUACCAUUAUGUUGCAAUAUUUUUGUACCACUGUGUAAUUUGGUCAAUUCAAUCUAUUUUUGUGUACUUAUGAUAAUAAACUACAUUGUUUGUAGAUUGGACUUCAAUUCAUUGUACUGAAAUGCAUUUAAAGAUUGUUUAUUUUUGUAUGGGAAUAAAAUAUGUAUUGCAUGAAGUCAUGGAAAUGUAAUGGACUGGUAGAAGACUGCAGUUAGGAAACAAAACGUCUCUUUUCUGAUUUCCUUAUAGAUUGGAAAUAGUCGAGGUUAUUCUUUAAAAAAUGGUGUCUAUAUGAAGUGUUCUGUGGGUUUUUAUUGGCCAAGCAUGUACACUAUUUUAAUCAGUGUACAUGUUGACAGGACUCAGUUGUGAAUGGUCCUCUUUACAUGUACUUCACUAGGAAUAACGUUGAAAUUUUGCAAGAAAAUUUGUAUGAUCUGAUGAAAUUGUCAUUUCCAGUCUCACCGUAACCCAAGCAUGUUGUUAGUGCUACAUAAUAACUUACCACAAAUCAUGUACUGGUAAAUUUCAUUGUUAUUGACUCUUGUUUGACCACCAAGCAUGUGACAUCCCUGUUGACUUAUAUCAUGUUCAAAAAAUUGAUAUUGUGCAUUAAUGCUUUUCCAAACAAAAUAAAUUAUUAUAGAUAAUCAUAUCAUACUGUUUGUUUCAACUCUAGGUGUGUUUCUUUUUACUUUUUCAACCCUUGAUUCCAAAGUAGAGACAUCUACGGUAGGACCUUUACAUGUACAAGAUAUCAUGUUAUACAUCACAGUUAAUUGUUACAUUUGACUCUUGUGUUAACAAAAGAUCAAUAGUCUGUGACUAGAUUAUUCUCAGCAUUUUAGAUAUCAAUCUGAAGCCUUACUUUGGAUUAAAUGCUUUGUUUAGGAGUGAGAGAGAGAGAGAGAUAAAUUGUGCAUAUAAUUAUUAUGCCGUUGUACGAUAAAUCAUACAGGCCUGGGCAAAAUGUUCCCUGCAUAUCACACAUACUUGUGAAGAAAAUGAAAUUAGAAGAAAAGAAUGAUAUAGUUACACAGAUAGCUUUUCAGAGGGAAGAUUCUGUGGAGGUAAAGUGGUUCAUUCACUUGACUCUCAAUCCAAGGGUCAAGGGUUCAAAUCCCAGACCGGCUCUAACGUCCUUUGGCAGGACAUUUAUCCACAUUUGCCACUAUCUACCCAGGUUUAAUUGAGUACCCGGCAAUUGCUGGGGUAAUAAUAAUUGCAGGGCUCUCAGGAAGAUCAGGAUUGAUGCUGAAAAAGGCUUCCCUCGGAAGAAAAAAUUGUAAUUGAUAUUAUUUUGUCAGCAAUGCAACAAAUAGCAACAUAUAAUUAUGUAUAAAAGCCACAUGUCUUUUAUCCAGUGUAUACAACAAUUCGCAAAGCUCUUUUGUCUUGUGAAGUGCAAAGAUAUUACUAAAUAUGUGAUGUGUUCUGAAGGAGAAUGGAAUAUCAUUAUUGCAUAUAACAAAGAAAAAAAGAAGAGUGUGAGAAAGAGGAUAGGCAUAACUAGACUGACAGAUAUGGGGAUUAAGAGCGAUUAAGCCAGGGUAUAAUGUUUGUGAUAGUAAACCAUUUUGUAUGUGGAAAUUAGAAGUAUAUGCAUGCUUGUUUUGUAUUGACAUGUUAACUUGCCUUAAUUAAGAUCUCGAUUCAAAGACGAUAUACAAUUGUCAUUCGUGUUUUAUUAUUUUACUGUAUAGGUGAACUGUAUAAUGUGAACUGUUUUGUUGAUGUUUGUAUAUGAGAUUGUAUAUUUCUUGUAGAUGAAGAGAACCAAAAAAUGAACAAUUAAAUGUACUAUCAAACAUA